AUGCCAGAAAAUGAAUCUAAUUCUCUAUCAAGAAAACUUGGCAAACUUGGAUCUCUUGGUUAUAAACAUCGAUACAGUGGGAAGACAGCUUUGCAGAUGUAUAAAGACAUUUCUGUCCAGCUCCCUCGACCCAACCAAACAGUUGAAAGAAGUCGCAGUAAGACAUAUCCAAAAAGAGCAUCAAAAGUACAACUUGGGUCACAUUGUACAAGUCAGGUUAUUACAUACAAAGAAACUGGAGAAAAUGAAGAAAGAGCCAAAAUUAUUGCUCCAUCACCAAUUAAAAGUUUUAAAAAGUUAAGAAAUGAAAGCAGCCCAGAAACCCAAAGAAGUAAAACCAGUGCACCAUGGGAAGAAAACUGUCCUCAAAGUGGACUUUAUAAUUCUCCCAGUGACCGAACUAGAUCACCAAAGUUUCCCCAUUCACGACGGCAUCCUUCGGGCGGAAGUGAAAAUGAGCCUGCGCAGCCUUUCAGAAGAAGAUCACGAUCCCGUUGCAAUACCAGCAGUGGAAGUGAAUCAGAAAAUUCUAAUAGGGAACAUAGGAAGAAGAGACACAGGUUACGACAAGAGAAUGACAUGGUUGAUUCAGCUCCUCAGUGGGAAGCAGUGCUGAGGAGACAAAAAGAAAAAAACCAAACUGAACCCACCAAUCGGCGUUCCAGGCACAGAUCACGAUCGAGAAGUCCAGAUGUUCAAGCAAAGGAAGAAUUGUGGAAACACAUUCAAAAAGAACUCGUGGAUCCAUCUGGCCUAUCCGAGGAUCAACUAAGAGAGAUUCCAUAUACUAAAAUAGAGACUCAAGGUGACCCUGUUCGCAUUAGACACUCACAUUCUCCUCGAAGCUAUCGCCAUUAUCGACGAUCCCAGUGCUCUGAUGGGGAGAGAUCUGUUCUGUCAGAAGUGAAUGCCAAAGCAGAUCUUGUUCCUCCUCUCCUGGUUACCCGCUCCUCGGAUGCUCAUUGUCCCACCACUGCAGUAUCUCAUCAGCGGCGAAAUGGAUCUAAGGACAGCCUUUUAGAAGAAAAAAUACAAACAUCUAUCAACAAUGUGGAUGGAAAACACAGUGCUAAGACUAUAAAAAUUGUUCCGGCAUCAAGGCUCAAGAUAGAGACCUGAUUUUUAUCACACACAAGACUCUGGAAGAAUGCAAAUCCCAAAUCCAAAUAAACACUU